AAAGACACAACGAAGAUGAAGACUCUCUCUCUAAUAUUCCUGGCUCUAACUUUAACGAGCUUGGCAAACUGUCAGGGAACCCUGUUAGAAAUGUCUCAGCAGUUGUGGGCCAAGCUUCUGUCGGGCGGAUUCUCGAAAGCUGGGCGGCUGGAUCCACUGAAGGUUCCUAUGAUCAAGGUGGAUCAAUCGGAAGGGAACACCAGUUACAGGAUUAUUCUUCGCAACGUGGAGAUCACCGGGCUGAACGAGUCCACUCUGGACAGCGUCCACAUAGCCCGGGGCCGAUUGAGAUCGAACCUGAGCGAGCUGGAGGCCGGUUACGUGAGCUACAGCGACCUCAGAGACUUGGACUCCAUCAGAUACAGGUUCCACACGUUGAUCAAGGAGCCGAAGGGGCAAAACGAGAGCUUCGAGGCGAUAGUGUCUGCCACCGAUCAACGGAUAAAUAAAUUCGCGAACGGGCCGAGGGAGGAGGAGAGCCGUUUCGAGAGACUGAGAAUGUACGACCCCUUCUUGAUGAAGAUCCAAGCGGAGAAAAUGAGGGCCACCGAUCGCCCCUCCAACGAGCCGCGCAAAUCGCGCCAAAACCAGUCGCCUGCCGGUUCCUUCAACAUGGAGGGCGCCAAAGUCUUGUCCAGGUCUGAGACCACUCGUAUCAUCGAGAACCUGAGGUAUCCUUCCGACGUGCAGAUGAUUUACGCGAUGAGCGCGAUCAACUCGAGCCCGAGAAGGAGCAGCCAGGAGGCCCAAGGAGGCAGGUCUGGUUCUUAUAUAGAGAGGAGGGAAAACGAGGGAAGAGAGGAUCAGGGAAGGGAGAAGAGCGGGAGAAGGGAUCGUUACGGGGAUGAUGUGGAGACUAUGGCGUCAGAGAAUGUGGAGAGAGUGGUGAAGGGUGAGAGGUUCGUCCCUGGACAGAUAGGCAGGGAGCGUCAAUCGAGGAUAAGGCUGGAGGAUAAACCUGGCUACAUCGAUAUCGUCUACGCGGAUGGGGGCCGUGAUGGCGGCGUGAAACGUUUUGGAAACGGGAGAAUAGAGUCUAAGGAGGAUGCCAGAGUGUUUGGCGUGAAGGGUGACGCGAAGGAUAUCCUGGAGAAUAAACGGGUUAUCAGUCGCAACUGUACCGAGGGGGAGUCGUUGACGAAGAGGAACGACGCCGUUAAGGCGGCCAUAGAGGCGAAGAGGUUGGACGGAUUGUCGAGAUACGCGAGAGAGUAUCAGGAGAAGCAAGGAUACUUCGAGGAAGCUAUGCAGUUGGUUUAUCAUUAUGGUGGGAUGGAUGCUAAGAAUCCUGAGGAGCAGAAAAUUAGCCAAGGGAGGAGACGCAAACGUGCUCAUGGAGGGAACGACACCGAUGAUGAUGUGAUGCACGUUAUCGUGAAGAUCAGGGUUCCACUGCUUCGCGUGAAAUCGGAUUACCAACUGAUGGGCAAGGUUGGACAGGAGUUGGUAAGAGGAAGAGGACAGUUCAAUGGCAAUUUCUCUGAUGUGGUUGGUGAUUUCACUAUCGAAUUGAAGAAAACCAAAGGGCAGGACGAGUUGAUUGUUCGAGCAGCGAGGAGCAAAUUAAACGCCACGAAGCAGAAUGUUUCUCUUCAGGGGAUGGAUGAAGAGGGGCCGGUGAAGUCGAUUCUCAGCAAUGGCUUGAUGGCUGCGGAGGCGGUGGCCGCCAUGCUUGCGGAUGACCUGGCCACCAAGGCCCUGAACGACAAAACGGCGGAUGCGAUGAUUUACAAAAUGUACAAAAACCUUCCGGUCAAUUAAAUCGGUGUCGAGGACAGUUGGGCUUUAACCGUUUUGACAGAUUUAUAUUGUGUAAUACGGUGGUGGUCGAAGAGAAUUCUUUCGUUCGAAGAGAAUGGAGUUUCGUUGAAAAUGAAAGAGGG